AUGCCGAAAGGUGGACGCUUUCCGUCUGUUCUACAGAGGGCACACAAGCUCUCGCAUCGGGAGCUGUUGCAACAGCUCAAGCAGAGGGGCACUCCAGAGGGGAAAGUCGUCGAAAUUGUCGCGCUUCUUCGGGACCAGGCUGGUUUGUCAGAUGUCAAAGACUACACCCUGGCGAUUUCGGCUUUGGGGCGAGUGGGGCGCUGGUUUGAGGCGGUGGCACUCUAUGGCGAGUACUCUGAACAACAGGGCGCCGACGGCAUUUGCCAUGCAGCUGCGGUCGGAGCUUGUGAGCGUUCCGCACAGUGGGUUGCAGCCCUUCGACUUCUUCAAGCUGGUCCCGGUACGCUGGCGCCGACGGCCGUGGCAGCUGCUCUCGGCGCCUGCGGCAAAGGUCGACAGUGGGAGCACGCCUUGGCAUGCCUGCGGAACGUGCAGGUGCACGGAACGAAGCUCUCUGAAUCCUGUUAUGGUCUCGCAGCCAGCGCUUGCGCUCGAAGUUUCCAGGCGAGGAGCACGCUCCGCCUCUUGCAGGAGGCCAAGGAAUGCAGCCUUGGGCCGGGUGUUCUUGCAAGCAGUGCUGGUCUCACUGCGUGUAGCAAGAUGCAGUGGUGGGAGCAAGCGCUUGUGCUCUUCUUUGGCAUGCAGGCUUCCACAGUACCACCUGAUGCGGUGUGUCACAGCACGCUGGUCAACUGCCUCGGGUCUGCGGGUCGCUGGCAGAUAGCGCUGCACCUGUUUCACGAUGCACUGUCGGCGCUCGAUGAUGACAUGCUGGGUCGCCCAACCAGUGGAGAUUCAUUGCCUUUGGACGUCUUCGUAGCCAAUGCUGCCAUGAGCGCGUGCGAAAGGUCAUUGCAGUGGCAGUGGGCUUUGCAGCUGAUGGAUGCAGCUUUCUCCAGCCGGCAGCUAGAUUUCAGCCCAGACACAGUCACAUUCAACGUCGCCCUGGCAUCCUGGGGACAGGGAAGACAUUGGGACCGAGCCCUGCUGAUACUUGAUUGGAUGAGGGAUCGCGACUGUCCACCAGAUGUCGUGAGUUUUUCCGCGGCAAUCAGUGCCUGUGAGCGAGCGGGCGAGUGGGAGAGUGCGCUGGCAUUGCUGGAAUCGAUGAGGCGAUCGACAAUUCGAGCAAACGCCACCUGUUACGGAGCUGCGAUUGGUGCUGUCCGCUGGCCUUUGGCCACCGUUCUGCUUCAGGACAUGACCGCAGCACGGCUUCUGCCGACAACAGGCUGCUUGAAUGCCGCCAUAACGUCCUGCGUGCGCUCUGCAGACUGGGAGCACGGCCUUCGGCUCUUAGUCUCCAUGUCAUCCCUCAAGGCGGAUUUCAACAUCGUGUCCUUCAAUGCUGCCAUUGCAGGAUGCGAGCGCGGCAGCAGCUGGGAGCUUGCCAUGGCCCUGCUGCAGGAGGCCUUCCGGCACGACCCGAAUGCUGCCAGCUGCGGAGCUGUCAUAGCAGCCUGCAGGCGAGCCGCGAAGUGGCAAUCAGCCGUACACCUCGCCCGAUCAGGAAUGCCGGCGGGUAGUGGAGCUUGCUUUGGUGGAGGUCAGCUGCAGCCGGUUGGCAUGCUCGCUGAAGCAGGCAGAUGA